CUAAAGUAAAUGCAGUGGCCAUCUCUUCAAAAACCAGAACAGAUCAUUUAGGGCUCAAAAAUACAAAGAUUCUAACAAAAUUAAAAAUUCAAUUCGGUUUACAUGAAAUAAGCCUGAGGAGAGAGAAGAAAAAAGCGGGAAUUGAGUGAGAAUCAUCUUCCUUGCCUUUUCAAUGGCUUCCAGUGCUUCCAGGUUCAUCAAGUGUGUGACGGUGGGUGAUGGUGCUGUUGGCAAGACUUGCAUGCUUAUCUGCUACACAAGCAACAAGUUCCCUACUGACUACAUACCAACAGUGUUUGAUAACUUCAGUGCAAAUGUGGUAGUUGAAGGCACCACUGUUAACUUAGGCCUCUGGGACACAGCUGGGCAAGAGGAUUACAAUAGGCUGAGACCCUUAAGCUAUAGAGGAGCAGAUGUCUUUGUCUUAGCUUUCUCAUUAGUUAGCCGCGCAAGCUACGAGAACGUACUGAAAAAGUGGAUCCCUGAACUCCAGCAUUACGCUCCAGGAGUCCCGGUGGUACUAGUUGGGACUAAACUUGAUCUUCGUGAGGACAAGCAUUAUUUGGCUGAUCAUCUUGGGUUGGUGCCUGUAACCACAGCACAGGGAGAGGAACUACGUAAACAGAUUGGUGCUGCUUAUUACGUUGAGUGCAGCUCAAAAACUCAGCAGCAUGUGAAAGCAGUUUUUGAUGCUGCAAUCAAAGUAGUAAUCAAGCCACCACAGAAACAAAAGGAGAAGAAGAAAAAGCAACGCCGGGGAUGCCUGCUAAAUGUCUUUUGUGGGAGGAAUAUUGUGCGAAUCGGAUAAGUGCACGGGUUGUUUUAUGAAGAAAUCGAAUACGAUUGUUAGCCAUUCCAGUAGGUUGUGCAGAGAUUUUUCAGGCUGCGACAUGUGUUUUCAAGCAAUGGUUUGUGUAGAUGGGCAGGUUUAGCUCAUUUUCAGUAAUGUUUUCCGGCCCAUCCUUACAUUCUCUAAUUAUUGUGAUAAAAAAAUAUUCUUGCAUUCUAAUCUAGUUACAAAGUGAUAUUCGUUGUAAAGAGCUUAAAACAUCAAAGGAUUAUUGUUUGUUUCACAUAUUCCUGGAGGAUUGAAGGAAGAAAUAUGCCUAUUUUCUUUUCU